AUGAAAAUCUUUGAAGUCUUGUGGCACUCUGGUUCGUUGAUGCAACUUCCCCGAGCACUGAUGUGUUCUGUUCCAGAAGGGAAGCUGGCUUGUCCAACACCUGGUUGUGACGGUUCUGGUCAUCAAACUGGUCUCUACACUCACCAUCGAAGUCUCUCC